AUGCAUGCCGACGAGAAGUAUUGGAAGGAGGACGGCAAAAGCUAUAAAAAAGUGCAACGUGCGCUGGAGGAAAAGUGGAAACUGGUGCCGGCGUUUCUGCAGGUAAAAGGCCUGGUAAAGCAGCACAUCGACGCGUUCAACUACUUUAUCAAUGUGGACAUUAAAAAGAUUGUGCAAGCGAACGAAGAGGUCAAAAGCGAUGCCGACCCGUGCUUCUACCUCAAGUACCUUAACGUGUCAGUGGGCAAGCCGGACGUGGAAGAGGGCUACAAUAACACCAAGUCGACGACGCCGCACGAGUGCCGGUUGCGCGAUAUGACCUAUUCGGCGCCGAUCACCGUUGACAUUGAGUACACCCGGGGGACGCAGCGUGUCGUGCGGAACGGGCUGCUGAUUGGCCGGAUGCCGAUUAUGUUGCGAUCAUCGAACUGCAUCCUGACGGGCAAAUCGGACUACGAGCUGUCGAAGGUGAACGAGUGUCCGAUGGAUCCGGGCGGUUACUUUAUCAUCCGUGGCACGGAGAAGGUGAUCCUCAUCCAGGAGCAGCUGAGCUGGAACAAGAUGAUCACGGAGGACUGUGCGGGAGUGAUCCAGUGUCAGGUGACCAGUUCGACGCACGAGAAAAAAUCACGCACCAUCCUACUGACCAAGCACGGGCGGUACUACCUGAAGCACAACUCGAUGACGGAAGAAAUCCCCGUGGCGAUCAUCCUGAAGGCGAUGGGUGUUGCGUCGGAUCAGGAAAUUAUGCAACUCGUGGGGAUCGAUCAGGAAACGCAGAAACGUUUCGGACCGUCGCUGCUAGAGGCGGCCAACCACAAGGUGUACACACAGCAGCGUGCCCUCGAGUACAUGGGCUCGAAGUUGAUCGCGAAACGGUUCACAACGGCAGCGACAAAGUACCGGACGGCGGCGGACGAAGCACGGGAUCUGCUGGCCACCACCAUUCUAGCGCACGUUCCCGUGCCCAGCUUUAACUUUCAGGUGAAGGCCAUCUACGUGGCUCUGAUGAUUCGCCGUGUAAUGGCGGCCGAACUGGACCGGAGUGCGGUGGACGAUCGGGAUUACUACGGCAACAAGCGGCUCGAGUUGGCCGGCUCGCUGCUUUCGCUCAUGUUCGAGGAUCUGUUCAAACGCUUCAACUGGGAGCUGAAGAUGAUCGCGGAUAAGAACAUUCCGAAGAUCAAGGCCGCCCAGUUCGACGUGGGAAAGCAUAUGCGCGAAGCGCUCAUCACAUCCGGGCUCGAAACGGCCAUUUCGACGGGCAAUUGGACGAUCAAGCGGUUCAAGAUGGAACGGGCCGGUGUGACGCAGGUGCUGUCCCGGUUGAGCUACAUUUCGGCCCUCGGCAUGAUGACGCGCGUCAACUCGCAGUUUGAGAAGACGCGCAAAGUGUCCGGGCCACGAUCGUUGCAGCCCAGCCAGUGGGGUAUGCUGUGUCCAUCGGACACACCGGAGGGGGAGGCUUGUGGGUUAGUAAAAAACCUCGCCCUCAUGACGCACAUCACGACGGAGGUGGACGAAGAACCGGUGAUCCGGCUGGCGUACAAUGCAGGCGUGGAAGACAUCCGCCUGCUCGGUGGAGAAACGAUCAACAAUCCGACCGUCUUUAUGGUGUUCAUAAACGGCAACAUCCUCGGCGUAACGAUCGCGUACCGACGGCUGGUCGAAGUGUUCCGUAUGAUGCGCCGCCGUGGGUUGAUUGGGGCGUUCGUUUCGAUUCACACCUCGUUUACGCAGCGCUGCGUGUACAUCCACACCGACGGCGGGCGGCUGUGUCGGCCGUACAUUAUCGUACAGGGCGGACGGCCACUCGUCCAGCAGGAGCACCUGGAACAGAUGAAGGCGGGGCUGAGGAAAUUCGACGAUUUCCUGCACGACGGACUGAUCGAGUAUUUGGAUGUGAACGAGGAGAAUGAUUCGUUCAUUGCCUACCAGGAGCGGGACAUCGAUCCAGAGAAGACGACCCACCUGGAGAUCGAACCGUUUACGUUGCUGGGAGUGUGCGCCGGUCUGGUGCCGUAUCCGCACCACAAUCAGAGCCCUCGGAACACGUACCAGUGUGCGAUGGGUAAGCAAGCGAUGGGCAUCAUCGGUUACAACCAGAAGAACCGUAUCGAUACGCUGAUGUACAACAUCGUGUACCCGCAGAGCCCGAUGGUACGAUCGCGCACUAUCGAGCUGACAAACUUCGAUAAGCUGCCGGCCGGGCAGAACGCAACCGUUGCGGUCAUGAGCUACUCCGGGUACGACAUUGAGGACGCACUGAUCCUCAACAAAGCGUCCAUCGAUCGCGGUUACGGUCGGUGUUUGGUGUACAAGAACAGCAAGUGUACGAUCAAGCGGUACAGCAACCAGACGUUCGACCGUAUAAUGGGCCCCAUGAAGGACUCGCUGACGGGCAAGAUCAUCGCACGGCACGAGUGUCUCGACACGGACGGUAUCGUGUCGCCCGGCGAGCGGCUCGUCUGCAAGCAGACGAUGGUGAACAAGGAGAUGCCGGCCGUUAAGUCGAACAAUCCGAUCGAACAGAAAGAAUCGGGCCAGCAACCGAUCGCGUACAGUGCGGUGCCGAUCACGUACAAGGGCACCGAGCCGAGCUACGCCGAGCGGGUUCUGGUGUCGACCAACAACGAGGAAGAGUUUCUGGUGAAGAUCCUGCUGCGCCAGACGCGCCGACCCGAGAUCGGUGACAAGUUUAGUUCGCGCCACGGCCAGAAAGGUGUGACCGGGUUGAUCGUCGAGCAGGAGGACCUUCCGUUCAACGACUACGGUAUGUCGCCGGAUAUGGUGAUGAACCCGCACGGAUUCCCGUCCCGUAUGACGGUGGGCAAAACGCUGGAGCUGCUCGGCAGCAAGGCGGGCGUGCUGGAGGGCAAGUUCCACUACGGGACCGCUUUCGGUGGAUCCAAGUGUCAGGAUCUGCAGGACGAGCUGUUCAAGCACGGGUUCAACUAUCUCGGCAAGGACGUGUUCUACUCGGGCAUCACCGGAGAACCGCUGGAGGUGUACAUUUACUCCGGGCCGGUGUACUAUCAGAAGCUGAAGCACAUGGUGCAGGACAAGAUGCAUGCUCGGGCUCGUGGUCCGAGGGCCGUGCUGACGCGCCAACCGACGCAGGGUCGAAGUCGCGAAGGUGGCCUACGGUUGGGCGAAAUGGAGCGCGAUUGCCUGAUUUCGUACGGGGCCUCGAUGCUGAUCAUGGAACGGCUCAUGAUCUCGUCCGAUGCGUUCGACGUUGACGUGUGUAACGUCUGCGGACGGUUGGCGUACUCGUCCUGGUGCCACAACUGCCGCUCGUCGGCCAGCGUGUCCAAAAUCUCCAUGCCGUACGCCUGCAAGCUACUGUUCCAGGAACUGACCAGCAUGAACAUUGUGCCGCGACUGAAGUUACAGAACUACUGA